AUGUCGGCGCCUAGCCCCGGGCGCGAUGGCUUCUCCACGCCUGCACCGCCUCCAAAGCCGCGGCUCAAGCUCAACGUGAGCCGUUCUUCCUCCUUCAUCAACGAGGUCGGAGUGGCAAAUGGAGCAACGCCCACAUCUGCAAACGCGCCGCUGGUCACUCCUGGCGAAGGCCCGCGCAAGCUGAAGCUCAAAAUCAGCUCCUCACAGCCGCCGACACCAGCCGGGGGACCAGCCGGACCAGCAAUCAAGGACGGAAUACUAAAGGGCGCGACCAAGGAAAAGGAAGCCAAGAAGGACAAGGAAAAGGAUAGUGGAUUGCCGCCCGUGAUAACGACAAAAGCGGGCCGACAGGCGAAACCGAGUCAGAAGCUCAUCGAAAGCAAGAAGCGCUCGCUUAGCGACGACGAAGACGAGGCGCCGCUGCGUGGAUCGACGACUGGGACGGGUGGCGCAACAAAGGUCAGGGCGGGAUCCAAGGCUGGGCUUACUCAAUUGGUGCUCAAGCCUCGUGGCCGUCCGCCUGUACACCCUCCUGGAGAUGGCUAUGAUUCCGAAGCCAGCGACAACGAGGUGGAUCCGGCCAUUGAAGAGCAGUUUGUCCUGCGCAUGAUGCCCGGGGAGCAUGCCGAUUAUGUUCGCUGGUGCUUGGAAAACGGCAAGAUUGGGCUGCCCAAGUCGGCGGGAGGGGCCGAUAUUCACAUCAAAUUCUUUGAAGAAGACACUCGACGUGGCUUCAUCGUGGUCAAAGGCCAAUGCUAUGCGACUGUCUUGGUUGACCUGCCUACCAUUACCGAAUCAAUGAAGACGUGGGAUCGCAAGUCAUUGAUGAAGUCGGCGGACAUCUGCCAGAUGCUGCUAGUCUACCAAGCCGUUAAGAACGAGGAGGAAGCAAGACAUGCGCCUCUGCCAAGUGUCAUCGACUCAAGCUUUAAAUGGCCGCACGGCCUGACGCCGCCAAUGCACGACUGCGUGAAUCGACGAUUUGCCAAGACCAUUAGCCGGAAAGAGAUUGAAGACAAGGAAGCAGAAGUCGAACGGCUACUUGCUGAGGAUGCCAAAUGUGCCUCGACGAAAUGGGAGUGGGUCGAUGAGCGGGACGGCGCCGAGGAAGACGGAGAGGAAGAUGCUGAAGGCGAGAUGGACGACACCUUGGGCUACUUUGACCAGUCACACCUGUCAAUGGGUGUUGAAGAGGACAACGACUUUGAUCUUGAAGCCGACCUGGAGGCAGCGUUUGCUGAUGAACUCUUUGCUGAGACUCCUGCCACUGCCAUGGAUACUCAAACACCUGCUGCGCUGGUUGGUACUCCUGCCACGACGGCAGCCCUCCAGCAGAGCAUCGAGGCAAGCGAAUCUGACGAGGACGACGAUGAUGACGAUGACGAUGAUGACGACGAUGACGAUCUUGAUGAAGAUGCUCGCGCCCAACGUGACGAAGAACAAGGCGUCAAAGACAUCAUCAACGAUCUUAAGAAGCAGCUCGCUGCUCGUGUGGCCGACUUUGAAAGAACGCAGAACAAGAUUCUCAGAACCCGUCUGGAGAACCAGAUCAAGCAGCUCAAGUCUGAAAUUGAGCUUAAACAGUCUUCUAUUGGCAUUGAGGCGGAUGAUUAA